ACUAAGUGAAUUGUCAAAGUAAAAAAAUUGCCCCGGGCUCUUAUUAUGCUUAUUUGUGAUUUUUAAUUAUAAAUUAAUAAAUAUUUAAGUAAUUUUGUUCAUGUCUUGGUUAGUUUUAUAGAACUAGAAUAUGUUUUCAAGGCGGCGCUUUAUUUGCAUCAAUUUAUAAGCGUAAUUUAUUAAAAAGCUAGCGCUAUUCUCGUUCUUAACUGUAACAUAAGUUCCAUAAAAAUGUUCUUGUUGUAUUCUGCUGCCGCUAAAUGUAUUUAUAAGAAAUUAAGUGGAAAGACAACCCAAUUUAGGUAUUUAUGUUUUGAGACUCAUAUCAAUUUGGGGAAACAUGUGGGCUGUACCAAUAAACAGUUACAAAGGUACUUUAAUAUAUCAACAAGUUUACAAGAAAAAGGAAAACCUAAGAAUGUAGAAAAACCGUUACCAAAUAACAAACAAGAUGAGCAGAACAAAAUGGUAUCGCAAAGUGCACUUGGUGAUGUGGUGGUGAAAACUGAGACAAACGCAGACCAACUUGUAACUAAAGUUAGUAUUGAAAAGGCCCCUGCCGCUGCUGCUCCUGUUGCUAAAGAAGCAGAAAAGCAACAAGUGAAGAAAAGGCUUCUGAUCGACUUUUCUGCGUCAUACACUGAACGCAAUUUUAUCACUCCUAUGCGUGCAAUGACAGAGUACCUGCUAAAACAGUCUGAUCUGGAGACAUUACCCAAAGUGCUACGGAGAUCACCUUAUGAGUCAGCGCCACCAAUCACUGUAUUCUACCGGAAAGAUGUUGAUGCUAAAGCUAUUGAGGUAUGGGGAUCCAGAGAGGCACUUGACAAAGAACUAUUAAGAAGAGAACUAGACAGGAGAAGAUAUGAACAAGAUGUAUUUACGGUGAAAAGGAGAUUGCGAACGUAUAGGAGAGAGAUGAGUUAUCGGCGACCGGCAGAAGACGAAGAAAUGGGCCUGAAAACCAGAUCCGGCCGCGUUGUGCUUACAGCAAUAGCGAUAAAUGGAUGUAAUUUCUUGUUUAAACUCUGCGCGUGGUUUUACACCGGUUCUCACAGUUUAUUCUCCGAGUGCAUCCACUCUCUCGCAGAUACAGUGAACCAGUUGAUUCUAGCCUAUGGGAUACACAAGUCUGUGCAGAUAGCUGACCCCAACCAUCCGUAUGGAUACACAAACAUGAGAUAUGUGUCCUCCCUUAUAUCUGGUGUGGGUAUAUUUUGUGUGGGGUCCGGCUUGUCGUUCUAUCAUGGUGUUACUGGAAUAUUGGACCCGCAACCGCUUCAUGAUUUCUUUUGGGCUUAUUUCGUUCUGGGCGGAGCGGUGGUAUCAGAAGGGGCCACACUAAUGGUAGCACUAAGUGCUAUCCGCAAAGGCGCUAAAGAGGCUAACGUGCCUUUGUAUGACUAUGUGAUCCGCAGCUCAGAUCCUUCAGUGAACGUAGUACUAAUGGAGGACACGGCGGCAGUGGGCGGGGUUGUCAUAGCCGCUUCUUGUAUGGCCAUAGCCCAGUACACUGGCAACCCCAUAGCAGACGCGAUUGGAAGCAUAUUAGUGGGCACGUUGCUCGGGGGCGUAGCUUCCUUCAUCAUACUUAGUAAUGUUGGAGCGUUGAUUGGAAGGUCGAUCCCACAAGAACAAUUAGACGAGAUAAACGGUGUCUUAGAGAGAGACUUUAUGAUUCGAGCCAUCCAUGAUGUCAAGGGUAUCGACAUUGGCAGCAAUCUUAUCAGAUACAAGGCGGAAGUAGAUUUCGAUGGCAGAGCGCUUACGAGAUCCUAUUUAGAGAAGCACGAUUUAAAUAGUUUAUUACAGGACAUAAAGAAAAUAGAUACUAUUGACGAUGUAGAAGCAUUUUUAUUGAAGCAUGGUGAGAAUAUUGUCGACAUGUUAGGAGGAGAGAUUGACAGAAUAGAACUGAAAUUAAGGAAAAAGUUCCCGCAAAUUCGACACUGCGACUUAGAAAUUCUAUAAAUUGUUAGGUAGGUAUGUUAAUGGAGUUAUUAUAAUAGAUAAAAGUUGUAUAGUCAAGCUUCUUAGAAGUGCGUGGUACUCUAAGGCUAAUUUGGAAUCUUUCACAACGUCCAGUGUAAACAGUUACUCACAGGCUGAAAAUUAUAUUUUUUUAUUUAAAAAUUUAAACUUAGAAUGCUGUUCAUUGCAAUACCAUUUUUCGAAUAUUAUUUUUUUAUAAUAAUAAAUGUUUGAGACAAUAUUAGGACUUGGGAAUAUAAACCAAUUCGUGAAUUAAACUAUUCUAGCUAGGCUUAGGGCCUGUUCCCAUGACGUUUACGCCGAUGAUGACACGUGUAGAAGCAAAUUAUAGCGACACAAACGUGACGGGACCCUAUAUAAAAAUAUAAACUUUUUACUACCCCCGUUAAAUGCAUUAUACGCACGUCGUCAAUUUGUACAAAAAAAUACAUGCGAAUAGGUUCUUAGAAAUAGAAUAAGUACUAGGUACUUAAAAUAAUGUUAAUAAAUUACCUACCUACCUAUGUUUACACGCUAACACCUCCGGUAUAUUAUCAGCUAAACUGUCAAGCUAAAUUUUUAAGCUUGUAUCGGCACCAAUUUUAUAUACACCAAAUUAAAUAACAAUGUAUGACGUCAGACGAAGAAACAAUUUUUAAGUAAUAUGCCUUUAUAUAUGCGCUGUUCAUAUCUACGGCACGGAACGGAAGCGUGUAAAUACAAGCAUUGCCAUAAGGCAUUAGCCUCGUAUAUAAAUAUGACUGUUAUACAGCCUGUCACCAUACGGUUCAUCAUAUCCAAUUUAAGACUUCGACUGAAAAGUGUCUGGAAGUCUUCUGAUUACUUGUGGGUCUGCCUACCCAAUUAGGUAUUAGGGGCGUGCGAUAACAUAAUCGGCUACGGUAUAUAUUGAGCGAAAUGUUACUGUCAUGUCGUAUUCAAACGCUUCAAAGCUUUCGCGUUUCUUUAGUAUUGUUAUACUUUAAACAUGAAGGUACGUUUUACUCGUGCGACUCGAUUUGACACCUCGUUGGAAUGCAAUCGUCUGUCUCACUCCCUCGCCCGGAGCGAGGGAGGACGGCUGACUGUACGAGGUUCCAUGUUGACUCUCACGUCUCUCUCUAAUGGUGUUACUUUACUGGAAGUGGUUUCCCGCGUUCGUUACGCUAUGUUGAAGAACUGAUGUUAGAUAUGCAUGCUUAAUUAUCAUGUGCCCAGCUAACGUUCCGUGCAGUCGAUCUGAAAUAUUUCUUACGCUCUAAAGACCUAAUUGAAAGAAUUCCGUCUCGAAUAACCGACUGUUGUUAUUUAUUUUCAUUUCUUAUAUAAUUUGUUUUCGAAUUCAUGUUUGCAUCAUAAAUGAUUAUCACGUGCACGGUGGUGAAGGAAAAUAUCCCGAGGGAACCCUCAUACCCGAGAAAUGCGUUUUG